CGGCGCCCACACCUGGCUUCAACUUCGUCUCGCUCGGAAUCCUGCUCUUGUCGAAUUGAGAUUAUUUGAACUCAAGCACUUGACAUUUCUCUCUCGGCUGCUCAGAUCCCUUGAUACAGACAGGCAACACCGGCUUGAACCUCAGAAACCGAUCACGAUGGCUCAUGCUAAUCCCGCUCAAUUUGGGUCAAGCUCAACUAGCAACGCUCAACAAUCUCCAGACGGAAUUUGACUUGCUAUCGCAAGCGCUUGAGGGGCACCUGAGACUCGCCAAACGGAUCAGAGGUGAUCAUCCGGUGUUCAAGGUGACCAAAAUUCCUGAAAAGAUCUACAAGAAAGACCAGAGGACCCAGGACAACGAUGUACUUCUCUCAAAGCUUCCUGCCGAUCUCGCCGCUCUCGUCUGGAAAAAUCUCCCAACAGACGCCGAUCGAGUUACGCUGGCACUGACUUGCAAGGCUCACGCCGAAACAUACGAGUACUUGAAGAUGAAGAAGGUCAACAUCAUGGUCAACAACGUGGAGAAGAGUGUCAUGUUUCUCCCCCGUCCGAUUCGUUUCGCGUACAACCAUCGCCUCCAGGUGCUUGUUCGGCUUCCAACAUGGUUCCCAGCCAACUACCAACUCUGCUACAAGUGCAACCAAUACAUUGACAAUACUCACCCAUCCAGCCAGGGCACUUGGGAAGGGGACGCAAGAGAAGUGAGGAAUUUCCAAGCCGACCGACAAGCUACGAUCGUUGGUCCACGUUGCCGACUCUGCCAGAUCGCCGACAACCUCAAUCUGGUCAAGGAGACCCCCGAGGCGAAAGAGUACGAGCGAAAGGCCAAACUCGUCAAACAGACUUUCUAGAUUGGACAAGAUGAAAAAGCAACACGCUUGAUCUGGUGAUGUUGAAAGACAAGAUCUGAGGCCCAGAAGCGCAGGCAUGGUCGCAAGUA